AGUUCCCUAUUUAAUUAUAUUACGUCAAGCACGGGAAUUAAAAAGAAGCGAAACAAAAAGUGGAAUUUGGUGCACAAAAAGUGUGAGUGUGUAGAUUCACUAGUAUGAAGAUGGAUGAAAAUGAGGAUGACUUUGAAGUUUUAGAUCUUGGUGCUUUUAGACGGAACAAAAGUAGACUAGAGAACAUCUUAGGAGAUAUUUCCAAACAAUCUGCAGCCAAACAAGUUGUGAUUGGGGGAGCUGCUGGAUGGUUCUCAGGCUAUUUGUUUAUUAAAGUUGGCAAAAUAGCUGCCUGCAGUUUAGGCACUACAGUGCUUCUUAUACAGAUAGCUCAACAUCAAGGUUAUAUACAGAUAAAUUGGUCCAAAGUCAAUAAGGAAGUGACACAGGCCAAACGUAAAGUACAGCGUGAAGCGAACAGACAGUUUCCUCAGCUAGUCGAUAACUUACGAAGAUUUGCACAAGAGAACAUGUUUUUGGCUGGAAGUUUUGUUGGUGGAUUUUUCAUUGGAUUAGCAUUUUGAAAACUCAAAACAUUCAACGCAAACAAUGUACAUUCUUUCACACAAGUGGGUGGGGUGAUGAUUAUUUAUGACUUCUUGCAGGAACUGAGUGAUGUGAACAUAGAGAAGGAUAUUAUUUAGUUGUGUAACUUUGUAAAAGCAGAGUUGAAUCAACAUUUGUGCUAAAUAUGAGUGAAUAUUACAAGACUUGAAUCUGUGUUUUUUUAGGGAGCAUUAAAUUUUGAAUUUUUUUAUAUUUCAUUAUAUGCAUAUUUAACGUUCGUCCUUAUGGGAACUGAGUGAUGUGAUCAUAGAGAAUGAUAUUAUAUUCAUUUGUUUAAUUUUGUAUAAGUGGAAUUGAAUCAACAUGUGUGCUAAAUAUGGGUGUAUAUGACUAGACUUGCAAUUGUGUUCUUUUUAGGGAUCAUUUGUAUUUGUUAGUAUUUCAUUAUAAGCAUAUUUAACUUUCACCCAACUACAUACCGUAUCUUAAAAUGGCUUGUAGAUCUACAUUUUUCAAUUUAAACAAAAUCGUUUAUCAUUUCUAGGAAAAAUCUCAAAACAGGUACUUACCCAGUUACUCAAUAGCAGACAGUGCAGCCCAUGAUUAGAGGUGCUGGUUGAUCUUGGUUUGCACUGGCAGUAUUGGUACAGAUUUUGCAGCCAAUACUCUAUAGCAAACAGUGCAGACCAUAAUUAAAGAGGCUGGUUGAUCUUGGUCUGCACUGGUAGAAUUGGUUCAGAUUUUGCAGCCAAUACUCUAUAGCAAACAGUGCAGACCAUAAUUAGAGAUGCUGGUUGAUCAUGGUCUGCACUGGUAGAAUUGGUUCAGAUUUUGCAGCCAAUACUCUAUAGCAAACAGUGCAGACCAUAAUUAAAGAGGCUGGUUGAUCUUGGUCUGCACUGGUAGAAUUGGUUCAGAUUUUGCAGCCAAUACUCUAUAGCAAACAGUGCAGACCAUAAUUAAAGAUGCUGGUUGAUCAUGGUCUGCACUGGUAGAAUUGGUUCAGAUUUUGCAGCCAAUACUCUAUAGCAAACAGUGCAGACCAUAAUUAGAGAUGCUGGUUGAUCUUGGUCUGCACUGGUAGAAUUGGUUCAGAUUUUGCAGCCAAUACUCCAUAGCAAACAAAUGUUUAGAUGCUUGUAUCAAGUGCUAAGGAUAAAUUUAUCAUUUAUUUUUGUGAUUUUUGAUACGAUGUUCUUUCUAUUAAUGUUAUUUUUUCUUAGCCAUUUAGAGUUAAAUGUUAUUUUUUCUUAGCUAUUUAGAGUUAAAUGUUAUUUUUUCUUAGCUAUUUAGAAUUUUAUGGGGUUUUUUUGUGUGUGAAAAUUACUGCAUUUCAGAAAUUUACAAUGCAAAAAAUAUUGCUUGUCAAUAUAAAACUUUUGAGAUAAUUUAACAAAACAUGUAUACAAUACAAAUGUUUUUGAAUCAUAAUUAAUUGUGUAUUGUGUUGAUUUGAUUAACAGAGUUUUGAUUUACAGAGUUUAACUUAUUAUUUAGAUAUUCUUAACAAAUGUAUUUAUUUGUCUUGAUUAGCAUUUGAAAUUAUAUUUUGUCAAAUAGGA